ACAAGCCAACAGCGCAGCAGCAGGCAGGCAGGCAGAGCAGCGGACGGGAGGAACCAGGCGUCUCCUCUCCCUCCCUCCCUCCCUCCCUCGUCCGCCGCCGCCGCCGAUCGGCGGGGAGCGGCAGUCGGCGCCGAUCGAUCGGGGCCGCCGGACGCCUGCCGACGACUCCCGCAAGGAGGAGGAAGGGAGCCGAUCGAGCGCGCCGGACGGACGGGACGGGCGGCUCUGGGUCCCUAGGGAGGCAGCUUCGUAGCAGUAGCCAAUUGGCUGCCAGAGUCUGCAAGGGUUUCCACCGUUUGUCUCAGCAAUCUGUUGCUCCUAGUACUUGAGGGAUAUUUACUUCAAGUUGUACAGCUGUUGCUUUGUAGUGGUUGAUUGUUCAUUCUGUUGGAAUAUUUGAGCACUUCAUCAAGUUACUAAGACUGUCCUUGAUGCAACAUAAUAGGAUCACUAUGCUGUCUUCCUCGGAAACAUGCCACAUUGGUUCUAGUUCCAGCAACCAGGCUAUCGACCAGCAGAGUUUACUUCCCAGCAACCCCGCUGUUGAUGAUCAGAGCCAUACCCUUGAGAGUGAGAACUACCCACAUUAUUUGCUCAAUAGUCGCGAGGUAGGAAUGCCGAGUGGAAGCAUGAUUGGUCAGCAAAAUACAAGCUUGAGUUUAUGGGAUUCAGCUGGAUCUAGCUCCAUGGGCUGCCUAGCCGAUCAUGAUACCCUUUUACAGGCCAAAAGGGAGCAUUUUGCACCUUCUUUGUCUAUAGGCCGUCCUUUAACUACAGAAGGGAGAAGACGUGAAAGCAGUAGUUCAUUGCCUUCACACAACUUAAACAUAGACCUAAACCUUAAUCAGGCUGACCAAUUUGACGCCGUUAAUGUUGAUAUGGUUCAGGGGAAUGGACAGUCCGGAAUGAAUGCUUUUACUCUGAACAGAGGACUUUCCGCCACUGAGCAUGCUGUACGCCAUGAAAUUUCUUCUGAUGCAACAGGAGGUUCUUCGCAUACUGUGAACCUUUUUAAUGGUACGUCAGGACAAGAAACUGGUGUUGAUGCUCAUCGCUCAUCUAGCAAGAGAAAGAAUAUUGCUGGCAGUAUUGCAGAAUCUUCUGCCAGUGGAAGUUCACGUAAUCAUCGCCAAAAUAAUAAUAUGCUGCAACCUUCUGAAACCACUAGUUUUAAUAUGCCCUCUACAGACUAUGGUUUUUCAUACCUUCCCACAGAGCAGUUGAACCGGAAUGCUGAUACUGCUGCAAAUGGCGUCUUUUCUGAUCCUUAUGCACCAUCUGAUCAUCCACAUGAGAAUGAACGAUUCCUCAGAAAUACACGGAUGCGGAUAAGCACAAGUGAGUAUGAUGAAUCAUUGCCCAAUCUCUUGCCUGAGGGAAGUUUCAGGUGCUCUGCUUAUCAGCCUACGCAGCAACAGUCUUCUUUUAUUCCAGUGCAACCUAGAGCAAUAGGUUCUUCAGCAAGUUCUCAUGAUCGUCCUCAUGUACCUGCUGUUGCUCAGUUCUCGCAAAGUUUGCACCGACCAUCAUCAAAUGGUAAUUUUGGUUCAAGAAUAGGGAGCUCUUCCAGUUCUGCUGAUACAAUAAAUCUGAGAUCUGCUUCACAAGAUCCCAGUGGGAGUCUGGCAAUAAGCAAUUUUAAUGAUCCCUUUUUGUUUGGUCCAUCAUUCUUUAGUACUGAUGAUUCAACAAGUUUGUUAUCUGCGCCUGGAAGCAGAAACAACCAGCCAAAUCCCAGCUCCAGCUCUACAUUACGAGCUGCUGUAAAUGUAGGAUCCCAACAGGUUCCUGGGUUGAAUGUAUCUCAGCCAAGUUCAGCUACAAGAGGUUCAGCUGAUAUAGCCAGGAGAACCCUGCUUGCUGCUAGCGUCUCUCAUUCCAGAAAUUCAAGGAAUGCACUACAGCACCAUGGACAUUCCUCUUCAUCGCACGAGAUUCGGAGCCAUCAACCAGGACCAAGUUCUCGUGCAAAUCUGCAACACUACUCCAGGGCAGUUCCUCCCACUAUAGAUAGGCAAAACCCAAGUUACAUGGACCUUCAGUCUUUCAUGCAGAGCAUAGCUACUGCAAGAGAAGGAAGGACGGUCUCAGAGCUCCGAAAUGUGGUUGAACAAAUUCGUCAGGGGAGAAGUACUGCUAGACUGGAGGAUUUGCUUGCUGAUCGUUCACUUAUCAGGAGAGCCAAUUUGAUCGAUAGGCAUCGUGAAAUGCGGCUUGAUGUGGAUAAUAUGUCAUAUGAGGAAUUGUUGGCACUUGGUGAUCGUAUAGGGCAUGUGAGUACUGGACUUAGUGAGGAGAAAAUAAUGAGUGGCUUGAAGCAGUGGAAAUAUCGUGACAUACCGUUUGAAGAACCUCCAACAGGUGUUGAACCAUGCUGUAUAUGCCAGGAAGAAUACACCAAUGGUGAGGACAUGGGCAGACUGGACUGCGGUCAUGACUUCCACACCACGUGCAUCAAGCAAUGGCUGGUCAUAAAAAACAUAUGCCCAAUCUGUAAAAAAGCAGCCCUGGACACCUAAACAUUGGCGGGCCACUACCGCACCGCUUCUGCGGAAACCCGCCGCAGGCCCCUCCUUCCCUUAUGUAGACCCCAAGUGAUUAUAAGCAGCAAGCAAGCAAGUAUGCUACACCUUCCCUGCGGCACACAGGUGGAACUAUAUACUAUAGGCGGUGGUGGUACCACAUGGUACCUUCUUACUGGGAAGCCAAUGGCUUGUAGACCUGGAGUUCGAUCAUUUUGCUUUUGUUUCAAACCUAGAAUUUGGUACUUAAGAUUCAUUCAAUGACGUUCAAAUUUUAAUUGGUUAUUACCCUAAUUC